CCUUUCCGAACUUGCCACGAAACGAAGCACGACGAUACAAUAGAAAAUAGAAUCCGGGACCGAAAAGAGAAACUCUGGACAUAACCAAAAAAAAUUAAAAUUUUACAAAUAAAAGAGGGAAUAAAAGAGGGGGAAAAAGAAAGAAGAAAGAAAAAUCGCACAUGAUAGAGCGAACAAAAUGGAGGGCUACACUAGGACGGCGCCAGUCGAACUAGACGACCUCAUCGCGCAGACGCCGGAACCGCUCGUGCGGGCCAUCCUGUUGGCCUUGUGCGACGACACCAGAAUCCGGGGAAGAGCGAUCCGGUACCUCGGUCGGCUGGAGCAGUACGAGGCCGAGGUGCGACGACCAAGCGUUACCGUCAGCGCCACGGGUGCGGGUGGUGCGGGUGGUGCGGGUGGUGCGGGUGGUGCAGGUGGUGGUGCAGGUGGUGGUGGUGGUGGUGGUGACCAGGGGUCAAGGAGUCCGACUUCGGCUUCCCACACGCACGAAAACACCAACCCGAAGAAGAGGAAAAAGACGGGGGCGCCGCGCAUCUGUGCCCAGUGCGACGAGAUUUUCACGGACGAGGAGAAUGAGUUUGGGGCAUGCAGGUAUCAUAGCGGGAUCCUCGAAUUGGCCGACGAAACGAAAAUAGAAAUAGAGUGGGACGCCGUCUCGAUAGAAGAGCUAGACACCGAGUCGCACAGGGAAGCGUUCCCGGCGGCGUUCCGCUGGAUCUGCUGCCGGGCGGCAGCUGACAGCGCGGGGUGUCGGCGCGGCCGGCACGAGGCGAACCCGGACCGGUCGCGGAAAGGACGGGGGUCGGAUACGGAUUCGCGGGUUUCGAGUCUGGACGACGAUCCGCUGCGGCUCGACGACGACGACGCGGGGGGCGGCCAUGUCGAUGGUGCAUGUGGGGAGGGGAUGGAGGGUAUGGACCCGACGGAAGAGGAGAUGCGGAUGGAUAGGAUCAGGAGAUUGGUGGGGAGUGACGAUGACAACGACAACAAUGGCGGGCCUGGUCCGGGAGGGGAGGCGGCGUCGGGCAUGCGCGUUGCGCACGGGGGAAGUCUGUUGGGGGGGAGGUAUCGGUGGGUGCCGCUGGGGGAAGCGCGUGGUGGUGACAGUGCGAAAGCAGAAGAACGCGAACGGGAACGGGAACGGGAACGGGAACCGCAGCGGUGUCGAGAGAGCGAAGUGGGGGACGCCGAGGGAGAUGAACACGGACGUGGACAUGGAGGGUUGAACCAUUCAACGGCAGCGACAGUGGCGAGACCACGCUCGGACUCUCACCCCCCAUGACGGCAGCGCAUGCUCUCAGGGGGAUUCGAUGAGCCGGUGGCGGGAGGACGGACCGGGAACUCCCAGAUAAUCUGGGGAAAUGAUACCAAUGGCAUUUCAGGGUAGUGCCAGGAUUAGUCUUGAUGAGGUGUUAUCUUU